AAGGAUUGACUCCGAAAACCAGGGGGUUAGCCUGAUCGACAAAAAUUUGUGCGAAGUGCUUUUAGUGUUGUGUCUUGUGCCAUACCAAAAAAUUGGAUAAUUAAAAAUGCCACCACAAGAAAUUUUACCGGAAAUCGGAAAGGAACCUAAAUCCACGGAUUCCAGCUGCAACGGUUUAGAAUUGGUGUCUAAAAAUGGGUAUACAAAUACUGGAUUUAUCGGAGAAGACGCUAAGAAUGACAAGAAUACAGAAGCAAUAAAAAAAGAUGAUAAAAAUGAUGAAUCGUUUGAGUUUGAUGAUCUUUUGCCACACAUUGGCGAGUUUGGGAUUUAUCAGAAGAUUCUUUUCUUGCUGAUGAUUCCGUUUGCGUUUUUUGUGGCCUGGGUCUACUUUUCGCAAAUUUUUAUAACCCUUAUUCCUGAACAACACUGGUGCUGGGUACCAGAACUUGCCAAUUUAACAAUUGAAGAAAGGAUAGCACUUGCCAUACCUACAGGAAAAGAUGGCCCUGAUAGAUGUCAUAUGUAUGAUGUAAACUACAAGGAAAUUUUAAUAAAUGGUACCACAAAACCUAACGAAAAAUGGUCCAUCAUCCCUUGUAGAAGUGGGUGGGAAUAUAAUAUGACUGAAGUGCCAUAUUCAUCGAUUGCCACUGAACAAAACUGGGUUUGCGAAAAUUCCGCGCUUCCUCACACGGCUCAAUCGAUCUUCUUCUGCGGUGCUAUAUUAGGUGGACUGGUGUUCGGGUGGAUCGCCGACCGUAUGGGCAGAAUUCCGGCCCUCGUCGGCACAAACAUUGCCGGACUAAUUGGAGGCAUCGCAACCGCUUUUUGCACGUCCUUUUGGUCUUUCUGCGUAUGUCGCUUUCUGGUCGGAAUGGCAUUCGAUAAUUGUUUUACUAUGAUGUAUAUUUUGGUGCUGGAAUACGUGGGUCCUAAAUGGAGAACGUUUGUUGCCAACAUGUCUAUAGCGAUAUUUUUCACGUUCGCUGCUUCCAUAUUGCCAUGGAUUGCCUACUAUUUGGCAGACUGGAAGAUGCUCUGUUACGUAACGUCUGCUCCUUUGGCAUUAGCCAUUUUCACUCCUUGGGUUAUUCCCGAAUCUGCUAGAUGGUUAGUCUCCCAAGGAAAAUUCGAAAAAGCCAUUGGAAUCCUUAAGAAAUUUGAAAGAAUUAACAAAACUAACGUAGGAGAAGAAGUUUAUGGAAAAUUUAAAGCAACUUGCAUUAAAGCUCAAAAAGAAGAAGAAAUGGAAAAAAACUACACCGUAUUAGACCUUUUUAAAACACCUCGUUUAAGGAAGAUCACAAUAAUUCUUAUCUUACUCUGGAUGGCAAUUUCUUUGGUAUUUGAUGGUCACGUCCGUAACGUUGGUACUCUUGGUUUGGACAUAUUUUUGACAUUUACUAUCGCUAGUGCCACUGAAUUUCCAGCCGACACAUUUCUUACCAUGGUUUUGGACGUAUGGGGCAGAAGAUGGUUAGCUUGCGGUUCCAUGGUUAUCAGUGGCGUUUUUAGUUUGUUGGCUACAGUAGUACCAUUAGGCAUUCCUUCUGCUACUCUGGCUAUCUUGGGCAGAUUUGCCGUAAAUAUUUCAUACAAUAUUGGACUUCAGUAUGCCGCUGAACUCCUUCCUACUGUUGUCCGAGCUCAGGGUGUUGCAUUAAUUCACAUUAUGGGAUACGUAUCCAGUAUUUUGGCUCCAUUUGUUGUUUAUUUGGCUAAUAUUUCUGUAUCCUUGCCAUUGUUGAUAUUAGGAGUUCUAGGUAUCCUAGGAGGUAUUUUAGCUCUUUUUCUGCCGGAAACUUUAGAUCAGGAACUUCCACAGACAUUACAAGAUGGCGAGAACUUCGGACUAGGACAAAAGAUUUGGGACUUCCCUUGUAUUAAAAAACAUGACGAUGAAGAAAACAAAACAGAACUCAAAGAAGAAUUUAGGAGGACUACAUCGAUAAGAGGUUCAAUGAGGGGGUCGUUUAGGGGUGAAAUCAGAUCAAGCAUAAUAAAUAGAGGUUCCAUAAGAUCUAGAAAAUCUAUUGCAGUUCCUGAAAACGAAGUUGUUUAAAAAUAUUAGGUUAGUACGACGAGAAAAAAGUUAUUUGAUUUUAAACUCAGUUUUAUUGUAUACCUACGUAUUAUAAAUUUUGCCAUAUUACAAAGAUUCUUUCUGAGGUCGUCUGUUUAAAUUUGCUGUGAUCUAAUGUUUGCAUUGGAUGGGAUGGCCAGCCAUCUGUUUAU